AUGGAGCCGAGGUAUUUCCCCCGAUACUCUUCGCAGCGAGUAUCCAUGAUGGAUUCGGACGAGGAGAGUGAUGAUAACAUCUCUACUGCCCUGCCGCCGCCAGUAAAUCCUCGCAGAAGGUCGGCGAAUGCCUCUAUGCCCUCCGUGUGCUCGCAUCCUAAACCACUCCACAGCCCCAACAAGUCCAUACCGUCACUUCACAAUCUGCACGCAUCCGCGCCCGCUUCUCCGCCGACUCCUGCCCCGAGUCCAACUCCGCACCAGCGAGCGCCUAGCUGGCAGAGUGCUGGUGAGCACGAGGAUACAUUUUUACGAGAUGCCAGGCACCAUUUCAGCCUCCUGGGUCGGGCAGAGGGACAGAGAUUUCUGGCGGAAAUUCUGAAUCUCUGUGAUAAUCAGCAGCUCAGCUUUGUCUAUCACCUUGUCAGUCCACGGUUGAAAAAGGACCCAUUCAAAGUGCUGCCAAAUGAGCUGUGUUUAAGGAUCCUUUCCUUUAUUGAUGACCCGAAAACUCUUGCUCGGGCAUCACAAGUAUCAACGCGAUGGCACGAGCUUUUGAAUGACGAUAUGACCUGGAAGCUUCUGUGUGAUAAUCAUGCCUAUCGCGGAGUGCCCGAAGUCUCUCAGGAGGCCCACGAACCAUUCUCGUUCGCCCUUCCCCCCAACCCGUACGACACCCGUUCUUCACAACAGCCAUGGAGCGGUAGCGAUGAUAUGUUAGCAAGUAAUCCAAGCACAGCUACUACGCCUACAACCUCCAGAGCACCCUCGUCGACGGGAAACCAUUCGCGGAAACGAAGAGCGAAGACCAAGAGCUACAGAUCACAUUUCAAGCAGAGAUACAUGGUCGAAGCAGCGUGGAGAAAGGGUGGACAUGUCACCACCAAGCACAUCACUCCCGAUCAUGGCGUUGUUACAAGCCUACAUUUGACCUCCAAAUACAUCGCUGUCGCACUUGAUAAUGCUAAGAUUCAUAUAUUUAAUACCAACGGUGAACAUCAGAGGACAUUGCAAGGUCAUGUAAUGGGCGUUUGGGCUAUGGUUCUGUGGGACGAUAUUCUUGUGAGUGGUGGAUGUGACCGUGACGUCCGUGUUUGGAACAUGGCUACUGGUGAGAGCAUCCACAAGCUACGGGGCCACACGUCCACCGUACGCUGUCUGAAAAUGUCAAACGCGACGACUGCCAUAUCGGGAUCCCGAGAUACUACCCUACGGAUAUGGGACCUUACCAAGGGUGUCUGUAAGAACGUCCUCGUCGGUCAUCAAGCAAGUGUACGCUGUCUAGGGAUCCAUGAAGACUUGGUAGUUUCGGGCAGCUACGACACCACAGCGAAGAUAUGGAAUAUCUCCGAAGGCCGGUGUCUGAAAACGCUAUCUGGGCACUUCAGCCAGAUUUACGCAAUUGCCUUCGACGGCAAGAGGAUUGCCACGGGCAGUUUGGACACCAGCGUUCGCAUCUGGGACCCGCAGACGGGCCAGUGCCAUGCGAUCUUGCAGGGCCAUACCUCUCUGGUAGGCCAGCUGCAGAUGCGCGGUGACACGCUCGUCACCGGAGGCUCCGACGGGUCUGUUCGGGUCUGGUCGCUUGUGCACAUGAAAGCCAUCCACCGUCUAGCAGCGCAUGAUAAUAGCAUCACGAGUUUGCAAUUUGAUGACAACCGGAUCGUGAGCGGUGGAAGUGAUGGACGGGUGAAGAUUUGGAACGUGAGGACGGGCCAGUUUGUUAGGGAGCUGAGUCAGCCGUCUGAGGCGGUGUGGCGGAUUGUGUUUGAGGAUGAGAAGGCGGUCAUUAUGGCUACUAGGUCGGGACGGACUAUUAUGGAGGUCUGGUCUUUCUCUCCACCCGAUGAUGCCUUCAAUGAUCCCAUCUCAGACUCCGAUAGCCAGUGCAGCAGCACCGAACCGGCCUUCAACAACUUCGACCAUAUUCGUAUUAAUAAUAUGAAACCUCAACAUUCUUGUUCCGUCCUCGCCGGGCCGGAAUCAUCAUCGUCGUCGUCAGCAAUUAUAUCUCCUGUCAUAGAUACUCCCACCGCCUCAUCCACUUCCACUGUUACCCGUACUUCAGCUCCGCCUACCAUCGAUCUUGAUAUGCAGGAUGUCUUCAUUGAUGCGAAUGGUGGUAGUAGCAGCCAUGAGUAG